UAAACCCAAACCCAGAUGCGGCGGGCGUGGUGCGUCUGUGUCCCAUGUGAAUCAAGGACGGAGCAAAGCUUUCUUGCCGCCCGGCAUCAUGUCAGCGAGUUAAUCAUGUGCGUGCGAUCCAUCGCUUUCUUCCCCACCCACACCCACACCCACACCCACAGAUCAGAUCCCUCUCCUCCUCCCCCUGCCCAGCUGACACUGACCAGUCUUCCAUCCGGACAGCGUCCCACUGCCACCGUCGUCCUCCGCCGCCCGCCGCCCGCCGCCAUGGGCUCCUCCCACCGCCACCUCAUGCGCCUGCUCGACGACCCCUUCUUCCCCUUCCCCCCACCGCCGCCCACCUCCUCCUCCUGCCCCUUCCUCCCACCUCCACUCUCAUCCCCCUUCGCCUUCCCCCACGACGACCUCCUCGACCUCUACCUCCCCGCCGACCCCUUCUUCCUCCCAACCCCACCCCCACCCCACUUCCCCGCCCCCACCCCGCACGCCUUCCUCCUCCACGACCUCACCGACCGCGUCGCCGCGCUCGAGCUCGCGGCCCGCGCCGCGGCCCCGCAGCCGGCCCGCCGCAAGUACACCUACGCCGCCGCCUCCCCGGGUGGCCGCAAGGUGAAGUGGACGGCCGAGGAGAAGCCCCGCGGCGGGGGCCGGUCCCUCAAGUGGGAGGCGGAGCUCGCCUCCCCCAACGACGACGGAUUCGACCGCAAGUGGAAGUGGGAGGCCAAGUCCAAGCCCGGCGCCGGAGGCAAGACCAAGACCAAGUGGGGCACCGAGAUCAAGGGCAAGGGCUCGCUCGAGCCGUGGUCCCACGCCUACACCUGGGAGGAGGACUUCAGCGCCUCCGACGAUGACGAGGAUGCCGACUACCCGGAGGAGCGCCGCAGGCCGGAGCAGAAGAAGGAGCCCAAGAAGAUCAAGGCCGCCGCCAAGGAGGAGAAGAAGCCGGCCAGGAAGUCCGUCCACAUCGAGGAGAUCCCCGAGGACAACACCGCCGGCUGCGACGCCAUCCGCAAGGCGUUUGCCAUGGGGAACGGCAAGGGGAAGGCCAAGGAGCUGUCGCCGCAGGACGCCGCGCUGCUCAUCCAGAUGAACUACAGGGCGCACCUCGCCCACCGUUCCCAGGUGCUCCGCUGCCUGCGUGAUCUCGCCGUGGCCAAGGCCAAGCUCAAGGAGCUCAGGUCCCUGUUCUACAACCUCUCCUACAGGCGCCGCCUCUCGCAUGACCACGAGGAGCGCCAGAGGUUCUCUGAGAAGAUCAUUGUCCUGCUCCUCACCGUCGAUGCGCUCGAGGGACCUGACUUCAUGGUGAGGACAGCGAAGAAAUCUAUGCUGGAGGAACUCGAGGGCAUGCUCGAGAUCGUGGACCCGCAGCCACCAGGGAAGCAGAGGUCGUUCAGCCGCCGCAAGUUUGAUCUUCCAGAGGGCGGGGCGAUCCCGAAUGAGAAAACUGCAGGCGUGAACAAUGCUGUCAGAGUCAUCAACACUGGCAAGGGCAAGCAGUAGGCACCGCCGCGCGCCUAGUUUAGUGGCUGGUACCAUGCCCGAUUGAUGGAGCUUGUAGCGCCGCUUUGUCUGUGAAUGGUCCGGUUCAUCUUAGAUUUCCAGUACCUUUGAGAUUUGAGAAGGAUUGAACUUGUCGUGCACCAUUAUUCAGGAUGUCGUAGCAUGUAAUGUAUGAUCCGUACCGGUACCAUUUGCUUUGGAUUUGUUGUACUGUAUGUUGUUGUUGAACUACCAGGGGAAGAGUUUGGUGCUUUAA